UUCAAGUCAAGUGCUACCAUCACCUAACUCUAACACCAAGAUCUUCAACAUGCGCGUCGCAGUCUUUGGAGCAACCGGCGUCCAAGGAGCCCAUCAAGUCUCCCUCCUCACGGAAGCAGGCCACACGGUGACAGCAAUAAGUCGCACCGCCCAACCUCUAAAACUCCACAACAACAAAACAAUCACUACAACAGCCGCCGACAUCUCUGACCCUCCAGCCCUCUCAACCGCCCUCCAAAACAUCGACACAAUCUUCGUAAACCUCCCCUCAACCUCCUUCGCGCAAUCCGGCCCAAUUCUCACAGGAACAGCCAACAUCGCCACAGCCGCAAAACAACAAAACAUCUCGCACAUAAUCUUCAACACAUCCAUGCCCGUCCCAGAAAUACCCCAGGACAUCAAAGCGCAAGACGACCGCCGCGAAAUGCGCCGCAUCCUCCGCGAAACAGGAAUUCCAGUCAUCAGCAUCCAACCCGUCUGCUACAUCGACAACCUCCUGGAAGGCUGGGCCCUCCCACCCAUCCGCGACACAAACACCCUCGUCUACUGCCACAAACCGCAUCUCCGCGUCUCCUGGAUCUGCCACCACGACGUCGCGCAGCUCAUGGUGGCCGCGAUGCUGCGUCCCGAGCUCGGAAACCGCAAUUUCCCCGUCGGCGGCGCCGAAACCGUCGUGUUGAGUCAACUUGCCGAGAAGCUCUCGCGUGCGUGGGGUAGGGAGUUGGGCUGUGUGAAUCAGACUGUGGCAGAUUUUUGUGACAAGAUUUCUGCGUCGAUGGAGGGGAGGGGGUUGGAGUCGCAGCAGAUUGUGAAGGAUAUGUUCAAGGCUUAUACGUAUUAUAAUGAGGCUGAGGAUGAGCCGUUUAAUAUUGAUAUGAAGGGGGUGUUGGAGUCGUUGCCGGUUAGGUUGACGCCGAUUGAGGAGUGGGCGAAGAGGCCCGGGAGGCAGCCUGAGAAUGUGCAUUUUUAG